CGCUCCUCCGGGGAGGGGGCGCUGCGCCGGGAGGGGGCGGGCGUCGUCCGCCCGGGAAGCUGCAGACCCCGGCUCCCGCAAGCGAGCUCCGCUGUUCCACGCGGCUCCAGCAGGGAUGGAGGACUCGGUGGCGGUGGCUGCUUCUGAGGCGGCGGCAACCGAGGAGCGGCUCUAAGGAGGGGACAGCGGGAUUAGAGUUCUCCAGAAGCUACGUCAUAUAGCCCCUGAGGUGGAAUGGUGAUGUCUCCGUGAGGGGACCUCCCUCAGUCAUCCUGUCCUGUGCAUCAGCUGUUCCUGACUAGGCCAUUCAUCUACGAGAGGACUUACCCUGUGAAACAGGGAGAAGACUUAUGGACUCCAAGCUACAUUUCAAGUUAUAGAUUUUUUGCUGAAAAGUACAGACAUACAUGCAAAGCUCUUGUGCUUUGGACCGUCUGCGUUCUUAAAGCUGCUGUGUUGCUAAUCCAGAACUGUUCCAGUCUACUGACCUAUCACCAUGGCUUCAGUUUGGAAGCGACUGCAGCGUGUGGGAAAACACGCAUCCAAGUUCCAGUUUGUGGCCUCCUACCAGGAGCUGAUGGUUGAAUGUACAAAGAAAUGGCAACCAGAUAAACUGGUGGUUGUUUGGACAAGAAGAAGCCGAAGGAAGUCUUCCAAGGCUCACAGCUGGCAACCUGGAAUAAAAAAUCCAUAUCGUGGUGUUGUUGUUUGGCCUGUUCCUGAAAACAUUGAAAUCACUGUGACACUGUUUAAGGAUCCUCAUGCAGAAGAAUUUGAAGACAAAGAGUGGACGUUUGUCAUUGAGAAUGAAUCCCCUUCUGGUCGGAGGAAAGCUCUCGCCACCAGCAACAUUAAUAUGAAGCAGUAUGCAAGCCCCAUGCCCACGCAGACUGACGUCAAGUUGAAGUUCAAGCCUCUGUCUAAGAAAGUCGUGUCUGCCGCUCUCCAGUUCUCACUGUCCUGCAUCUUCCUCCGGGAAGGGAAAGCAACGGAUGAGGAUAUGCAGAGCUUGGCCAGUUUGAUGAGUAUGAAGCAGGCAGAUAUUGGCAAUUUAGAUGACUUCGAAGAAGAUAAUGAGGAUGAUGACGAGAACCGCGUGAACCAGGAGGAGAAGGCGGCCAAAAUCACAGAACUUAUAAACACACUUAACUUUUUGGAUGAAGCACAAAAGGACGUGGCCACCGUGAAUACAAAUCCGUUUGAUGAACCUGAUGUAACAGAAUUAAAUCCAUUUGGAGAUCCUGACUCAGAAGAACCAAUCGCUGAAACAACUUCACCUAAUAAAACAGAAGAAUCUUUUUAUAAUAACAGCUGUAAUCCCUUUAAAGGUGUACAGACUCCACAGUAUUUGAACCCAUUUGAUGAACCAGAAACUUUUGUAAUGAUAAAGGAUUCUCCACCCCAGUCUACACGAAGAAAACACCUCCGGCCUGUGGACAUGAGCAAGUACCUCUAUGCUGAUAGCUCGAAGAGUGCCGAAGAGCUGGAUGAAUCAAAUCCUUUUUAUGAGCCUAAGCCAACUUCUCCAAAUAAUAAUAAUUUAGUCAAUACAGUUCAAGAAGGAGAAACUGAACGGAGAGUGAAAAGAAGGGCCCCAGCCCCUCCGGCCCCCCCAACCCCGCCGGCCCUGCAGGCCCUGCCAGCCCUCGCACCCAAGACUGGAGUAAAUGAAAACACUGCCUCUGCGGGGAAAGAUCUCUCUGCUUCUCCAAAGCCAAGCCCGAUACCAAGUCCUGUUCUGGGGCAAAAGCCAAAUGCUAGUCAGUCGUUGCUCGCAUGGUGCAAAGAAGUUACGAAAAACUACCGGGGCGUGAAAAUCACUAACUUUACCACGUCGUGGAGGAACGGCUUAUCUUUUUGUGCAAUCUUACACCACUUUAGACCAGACUUAAUCGACUACAAGUCUCUGAAUCCUCAAGAUAUUAAAGAAAACAACAAAAAGGCUUACGAUGGAUUUGCCAGCAUUGGAAUUUCCCGUUUGCUGGAACCUUCCGAUAUGGUUUUAUUAGCAAUCCCUGACAAGCUGACUGUUAUGACUUACCUCUAUCAAAUAAGGGCACAUUUUAGCGGUCAAGAACUAAAUGUGGUUCAGAUAGAAGAAAACAGCAGUAAGAGCACAUAUAAAGUUGGAAAUUAUGAGACAGAUACAAACAGUUCUGUGGAUCAAGACAAAUUCUAUGCCGAGCUCAGCGAUCUGAAGCGGGAGCCUGAACCACAGCAGCCUGCCAGUGGGGCCGUGGACCUGCUGUCGCAGGACGACUCCGUGUUUGUAACGGACAGUGGGGUGGGAGAGUCCGAAAGUGAGCAGCAGACUCCAGAUGACCACCUUAGUCCAAGCACAGCCUCCCCUUACUACCGCAGGACUAAAAGUGACACGGAGCCCCAAAAGGCCCAGCAGAGCUCCGCGAGGACUUCAGGGUCUGAGGACCCUGGGUUAAGUUGUAGUACUGACUCUUCUCAAGCACUGGUUUUGUUAGGCAAGAAGAGACUACUGAAAGCUGAGAACUUGGAAUUAAGUGACUUAUAUGUCAGUGGCAAAAAGAAGGAUGUGUCUACACCCUCGACUUACGAGCAAAAGCUUCAGACUGUAAAUACCAGUAGUGAUUUGGAACAAGAGAAGAUGGAGAAUCCCAGAUCUUUAGAGUGCAGAUUGGAUGGUGAGUUGGCUAUCAAAAAGCUGGGUUUAUCCCCUUCUUCUAAAUUUGGAAAUUCAUAUAACAGAGACACAGACUUCACGAAAAAGCCAUGUCCUUCUCGGCAGCAGAUAGAGGCUGAUCCAGAUGCAGACAAGAGCACUUUAAAUCAUGCAGACCACUCCAGCAAAACAGUUCAGCACCGAAUGUUGUCCAGACAAGAGGAGCUGAAAGAACGAGCGAGAGUUCUGCUUGAGCAAGCAAGAAGAGAUGCUGCUGUCAAGGCGGGGAACAAGCACGGUGGCGCGGGCGGCAGCAGUGGCGGUGGCAGCAGUGGUGGUGGCAGCGCGGCCCCUGCGCUCUGCAGCAGGCAGCCAAACGAUCAGCAAGAUGAAGAGAGACGUCGGCAGCUGAGAGAGAGGGCUCGUCAGCUAAUAGCAGAAGCUCGAUGCGGAGUGAAGAUGUCAGAACUUCCCAGCUAUGGUGAAAUGGCUGCAGAAAAGUUGAAAGAAAGGUCAAAGGCAUCUGGAGAUGAAAAUGAUAAUAUUGAGAUAGAUACUAACGAGGAGAUUCCUGAAGGCUUUGUUGUAGGAGGUGGAGAUGAACUUACUAAUAUAGAAAGUGACCUUGAUACUCCCGAGCAGAAUAGUAAGUUGGUGGACUUGAGGCUGAAGAAGCUCCUAGAAGCCCAGCCACAGGUGGCAAACUCCCUCUCCAGUGCUGCACAGGACGCUGCAACUGAUGCCUCCGAGCAAAGAGAACAGAAUGGUGUGGAAGAUCUCCGGACUGAACGAUUACAGAGGGCAACAGAACGUUUCAGAAACCCUGUUGUGUUCAACAAGGAUUCUACAGUCAGAAAGACUCAGCUCCAGUCUUUCAGUCAGUAUGUUGAGAACAGACCAGAGAUGAAAAGACAGAGAUCAAUACAGGAAGAUACCCAGAGAGGAACUGAGGAGAGGGGAGCGGUGACUGAGACUCAGAGGAAGCCAUCAGAAGAUGAAGUGCUUAAUAAAGGGUUCAAAGACACCAGUCAGUAUGUUGUAGGGGAAUUGGCAGCACUGGAGAAUGAGCAGAAGCAAAUUGACACCCGUGCCGCGCUGGUGGAGAAGCGCCUCCGCUAUCUCAUGGACACAGGAAGGAACACGGAAGAAGAGGAGGCUAUGAUGCAGGAAUGGUUCAUGCUAGUUAAUAAGAAAAACGCCUUAAUAAGGCGGAUGAACCAGCUCUCCCUCCUGGAAAAAGAACAUGACUUAGAACGAAGGUAUGAGCUGCUGAACCGGGAGCUGCGGGCCAUGUUAGCCAUUGAAGACUGGCAGAAGACCGAGGCCCAGAAGCGACGGGAACAGCUCCUGCUGGAUGAACUAGUGGCCCUGGUGGACAAGCGAGACGCCCUCGUCAGGGACCUGGACGCCCAGGAGAAGCAGGCCGAAGAAGAAGAUGAGCAUUUGGAGCGAACUCUGGAGCAAAACAAAGGCAAGAUGGCCAAGAAGGAGGAGAAGUGCGCUCUGCAGUAGCCGACCGACCGGACCCUCCGCCUCAGCCUCAGGGCCCCAGGCCAGAGACACACUGGCUGAUUUAAAACUUUUUAACAUUUUGUUUGACUGGAUACUACUUCUGGACACCCCCCCCCCCAUUCCCUCUUCUCCAGAUAAUACACAGAGCUCCAGAUAGCUUUAAAGACUCUGUGAGUUAAUCAUGAACUCAUUCUUGAAAUCCUGUGAAGUAGAUUUGCACAGACACCUUGUGGAUGAUUGGUGAUGAAGAUGCCCAAGAGACUGUCCAAAAAAGGGGGGAGGCUCCUGGUUAUCUCCCCUUCUGUUGGGGAUGGGAUGAGAAUUUGUUUGUUGUAGUAGUGUUGGUAAUAGUGACAUGACAGUGGGGGGGAGGGCAAGGGAGUCGUGAAUGUUUUUCCCCAAUCCUGCCGUAUGUAUGUAACUGUUACUUAAAUCUCAUAGUUAGAUCAUAUUCUGUGUAUUGACGAAGCUGUGUUCCAUUUGCCAGUGGGAUUUUCUGCAGUUGUUUGCAUUUUACAUAAAAAUAAUAAAGUUCCUCUCUGCUCUCCUCAGAGGAUGGCCCUUUAAGGUAGCCUGAGACAAACCUCGGGGGUUUCAAAGGUGAACGGGGAGAACGGCUCUAAUCAAGCCAUGCAGCCGCAGUUUACAAAGACAGUUCAUCAUCUGGUGAUGCGCCAUCUUUUACGCUGGAUAAUUAUUUAUUACAUCUUGCUUGGUUCCUACUUUUUGUUGGGGCUCAACAUUGGCUCAAGAAUGCUGUUAAUAUUUAUUCUGUAUUGAUAAAAGUCUGUCUUGGCACAACAAGUAAAUAUCCCAUUACAUCUUCUCUACAUAGCAUUGUGUGUUUUGUGAAAAUGGUUAUGUUUAUUUAUUACAAUAAUGAGUCAUAUAUAAAUUUUCAAUAAAAACAGAAACUUUCUUACCUUAAA